AUGGGGAUGAAAGCUCCGAUGACAGCAUGGGGGCAACCUGAUGGACAUGGAGACACACCUGACACCAUCCCUGAGCCACUCUGGUGUGGUGUUCCCAUGGAGGAAGUUGCCAGGUGUACUCUACACGAUAUGAAGCCUAGGAAGUGUGUUGCUUUUGAAGGUGCUAACACUGGGAGGAGGUUCUAUGGAUGCCCUGUUCAGAACUGCCUCAUCAAGUUGUGGGAAAUGUUCCAUGAGCAAAACCUUGGAAGGAUUCAAGACAAGCAUGCAUAUGAGGAUGAGGUUGCCAAGUUGAAGAAGGACUAUGAUCAUCUGUGCACUGAGUAUCAUAAAAUGGUUGAUGAUGUUAGCAAGAUGUUUGACUGGCAGGAUGGUGUUGGCAAGAUUGACUACCAGAAAGCAAUGGAUGCUGAGAAAUUUGAGAAGCAGAAGGAAGAGCUAGAGCUGGAGAUGAAGAUGGAGAAGCUAAGGCUAGCAAAAGAACAGAGGUGUAUCCUUCAGGCCCAGGCAGACAUAAUUCACAACACCAGGAAGGCAAUGAAAGAGAUAAAGGUGGACAGGGAUCUUCUUGCACAAGAGAAGACAGAGCUUGAGAAAGUAGUUGCUGAUCUACUGAAUGCUGGCCAUGGGAGCAAGGAAAAGCUUGAGAAAAUCAAGGCCAUACUGGAGGCUUGA